AUGCUGCCACUCGAAUCCUUGCCAGAGCUUCGCAUUUUGGUAUUCGAAGAGGUCCACUUUUCCACCCGAGAGAUAUGCCGCUGGCUCUUCAUUCAACCGAAACUGAAGAACCUGAUCCUGCUCAGACCAUAUUUACACGACCACUGGAAGGACUUGGUGAAGAAAUGGUCUGAAGAUUUGGAGUUUGUCCCUUGGGAUCACGACAACAAAAAAUUCGAGGAAGGAGACGAGGAUUUAAAGAUCCCAGCUCGGGUGUCAAGUACUGCCAUUCUCAAAUACAUUAAUAAUGGAGGAGCGAACCCUUUCGACAACCGACGAUGGAGAGUAUUCGAACGGGACCCGGAUGCCGAAGCAGAUCAUGAUGGCAUAAAUGACUAUUUGUCGGACUAUUCAGACAUGUCUGAAUGGCGUCCAAUCGAUCAUCCAGAGCCUAUUGAAGACUUCGAUAGACCAGAAUUCGAUGAGGAUUAUGAUUUUGAUGCUGAGGAGAUAGCGACGAGGACGUUUAUGGUUAGGAUUGUGGGAAGGCUGGCGAAAACUACAUCAGCUGGGUUGACGUAG